AGUGAGAGGUGCGAGCACGCACGCUACUGGUAAAUGGACCACUGAGUGACGCAUUGAUCCUUCUCUUGGCCAUUGAUCACUUUGCCCCUCUUCAAAAUGCCCGUAGCAUCCGGACCGAAUCAGUGUGAUGGGACGUGGGAGGAGCGCGAGUUGACGAGCCUUUCAGAAAAAUUUGUUUGCCUCUGGAAUAAUGUUCUUUAAUAUAAAGGGGAUCCCCGAAAGACAGGUGAUGGAUCUUCAGCCUGGAAAUGACCUGUGCAAGCAUUGAGUAGUGAACGCCUCCCCCUUCUCAUAAGGCUCCACCCAUGCCACAGAUCCACCAUGCUAUAUGGCCAGAUCCUUCACAGGCGUGGCACAGACGAAAGCUUCCUCAACCUUAACGUGGGCGGCUUUAAGCAGCGCGUGGAGCGCAGCAUCCUGCAGCGCUUCCCCAGGACCCGCCUGGGGUGCCUGUUGUGCUGCGUCUCCGAGGAGGCCAUCCUGGAGCUUUGCGAUGACUUCAGCCCCACCGACAAGGAGUACUACUUUGACCGCAACCCGCGUUUCUUCCGCUAUGUCCUUAACUUCUACCACACGGGCAAGAUCCACCUGAUGGAGGAGCUGUGUGUCUUCUCUUUCAGCCAGGAGAUUGAGUACUGGGGCAUCAAGGAGCUCCACCUGGACUCCUGCUGCAGCAACAAGUUUCAAGAGCAGAGGGAGUUUGCAGAGGACAAGGACUGGGAUCGGAGGAGCGAUGAGCAACAUCAGCAGUUCAGGAGCAUUGACUCAUCCAUGGAGGAUCUCUCAACUAUAGACCAGGACUUGGAGAAGUUUGAGGGUACUUGGUGCUCGGAGGUCCGCAAGAACAUCUGGCUGCGCCUGGAGAACCCAGGCUACUCACGUUUGGCCAAGGUGAUCGCCGUGGCCUCACUGGCCAUGGUGCUGACCUCCAUCGUGGCCAUGUGCAUCCACAGCAUUCCCGAGUUCCACCAGGUGGACGUCAACGACAAGGAGAUUGAAGACCCAGUGCUGGCUAUCUUCGAGGCUGUGUGCGUUGUCAGCUUCUCUGUGGAGUUCCUGGUGCGGCUUUCCGUGGCACCGUGCCCCCGGAAAUUCCUGAGUAACGCGCUCAACAUCAUCGACUUUGUGUCCAUCGUGCCUUUCUACGCCACGUUGGCCUUUGAGAUGGUGGACGAGGAGAACGAGGAGCUGGAAAACGUGGGGAAGGUGGUGCAGAUCCUGCGGCUGAUGCGCAUCUUCCGCAUCCUCAAGCUGGCCCGCCACUCAGCGGGGCUGCGCUCGUUGGGUGCCACGCUAAGGCAUAGCUACCAUGAGGUGGGCCUCCUGAUGCUCUUUCUCUAUGUGGGCAUUUCCAUCUUCUCCACCCUCAUCUACUUUGUGGAGAAGGAGUCAGAGGAGUCGGACAUAACGACCAUCCCUGUGGGCUGGUGGUGGGCCACUAUUAGCAUGACGACGGUGGGCUACGGCGACACCUGCCCAGUGACGGUGUUAGGGAAGCUAGUGGCAACCCUGUGCAUCAUCUGUGGGCUGCUGGUGGUGGCCCUGCCUAUCACCAUUAUCUUCAACAAGUUCUCCAUGUACUACCAAAGGCAAAAGGCCAUGGAUGCUGAUCAGACCAAUAACGAGGCGGACCAAUGCAAUAAUAACGAUAUUAAGAUCCCCGACCCCAGUAUACCUUACUUUAAUGCCGGGGAUCUGUACACCCAAAAGAUGAACUCAUUCAUCGCCAGUAUCUCUGUCAGGAGCAGCAUCGGCAGUGAUAAGGACACAGACAUCUCGAGUAUCCAGGAUGGAGAGACGACUUGUAUCCUGAGGAGCACUUGAGAGCUCAACUUACUAGACUUAAACCCUUUUACUCCUUGAGGAGCAUAGGUCAUCCACAAAUGAUCUUCUUCACUUUUGGGCCAGUUUCUCAAGUUCCAUGAGUAGUUCAGUUCUUCAAUCUUUACAUUACAGAUCUUCUCCAGGUGUUCCUUGGUCUCCCACGGUUUCCUUUACCUUGUGGGAUCCAUAUAAGGGACUGGAACAGUGGAUGCUGACUUUCUUGGAGUGUGGCCACAGUUGAGAGCGAGGAGGAUAAAUAGUACCACCCUGCUUUCACCUGAGGCUUUUGAAAUAGCUGUACAUGGCAAAAAGCACUUUCUGGUUCUCAGGGUGAAAAUAAGUGUGCUGUAUCUCUCCACGUUCUUGUCCUUAGAGACUACGAUCCAUUAGGCCUAAGACUUGGCCUGUUUUGCAUUAGUGACUUGAGGACCUAUUUUAAUGCUCAGCAGUAUCUGUCAACAUUUAUUUUUCACAUGGCAAUCAUAUGGAAUGAAAUAGCCAUGGUUUGAAACAAAAUUACUCUCAAUCUCUCUUUUUUAAUCCGCCUUUCUCAUCCCUUCCAUCUGAUCUCCCUGAAUGCACUCAGAGGGAUGUCUCGCUCAGAUUAAGACGUGUACAUCAGAUCGAUCAGAGAGGGAAAGGCCAAACAUUGGGGCUGCGAUUCAAGAAUUAUAAUGUAAUGCCCCGGCCAAAAGUGCUUUCCCAAAUACCCCAGGUAAUCCAAUUGAUUUGUUCUCAUUUUGGAGGUGAUCAUUGAUCAAAGUGUCUCCACUGAAUUCAAAUCGCACCUGUCGCAGCAGGUAACUACCUACCCUUUGCAAAUAUAAAUGUAAUUUACAAGUGUCAUCAGUCAAUUAUGUUUCUUUUUCUGCUAUUACUCUAAAACGUGGCAGAACCAUUAAAAAAAAAAUACUGUAAUUGAGUUUGGUUUGGCAUAGGUACAUCCAAGUCUAUAUGUCUUUUGACAUUGCUUUUUAUAUCACCUAGAAUAGCAGAUUAUUAGUUAAUGUGCAGAGACAGACAUUUGUCUUCAGGUCUGCUCCAAAAAACAUACAAAUACAACAAUGUCAAUGUCCGAAAGCUCUGGCUAUCAGUGUACCUUGACUGUAUUACAUACAUUAUACUGUCACUUUAUUUGCCUUAAAAUGAAAUUCCGGAACAAUUUCAUGAAUGCAACAAAGAUGUGACUGUGUGAUAGGCUCACAUACAAUGUGUAUGUUUCUUAUUAGCAUGUUUAAAAAAUAUAUAUAUAUUAUCCACCGCCAUGCAGACCAUUUGAAGUAUAGACUGAAUUUACCACAAGCUAAGCUAUUGAAAUGAAACUGGCUUUUUUGGCAGCAAGCUGCAGUUGAUAGGGAUUGUUAAGCAAGCCUGAUACUGAUAUUUAAACAAAUGUUUAAGUAGUACUGCCGAGUAUGUCUUUACCCUUUAUGAGAUAUUAAUUACGUGACCUUUUAUUGUAGACCUGAUAAUUGAGUGUCAACCAACCGUUAUUGCCAUCCACAUUAUUAUAUUUAGAGCAAUAAAAUUUACACUGACCUCAUGACAGCUUUACUUUGACUAUAUGCGGUACACUUUUGAAUAGAUUUCGUGUAGUUGAAAAUACAGCAUGAACUGCAUUUACCCCCUUACCUAAUACAGGCUAAUGAUUUUGUUUCUAACCCAGAAUAAUAUUUUAUACUCAUUAAGGCAUUGUAAAUGUUACAUUUAAUGACAUCAACAAUUGUACAAAUGUCAGGCUCUAAUGAAAAAAUUUAAAUAAAUGACUAACAACAUGUCUUGAAAGAAAAACCCAACUGUGGUCACUAUUGGCCCACUAGCAACAGCUGACUCAUACCACCAUGUCUAAGUAAAGGGGCAUCAUGCACCCCAAAAAUCUGAGGGGGUCACAAAGUACGUGAGAAUGGCUUGGGGGUGGUCCGGAGAACAGAUGAACCAGAAUGAUAUUUACUCUCAUGGGUCGCCCCCCCCCAAAAAAAGUUCUCAAAGCCACGCCCCUACUAAGCCACGCUUCCAGUUUAAAAUGUAUGUAGUUAUGUCCUUGAGCUGUUCUGUAUUCUAUAUUAUUGUCUAUUGUCUAUUAUUGUCUAUUGUCUAUUAUUAUUGUCAUUCUAUAUUAUAUGCUUCAUUGUCAUUCUGUUUCAUGUUUUGUGUGGACCCCAGGAAGAGGAGUUGCUGCUUUUGCAACAGCUAAUGGGGAUCCUAAUAAAAUACCAAAUACCAGUC